CCUGUAGGUAAUUGCCUCCCGAUUAUAAUAUUUAAUUGAGGGCCUAUGACUUCUGGCUUAAUCUUUUGAAUCACCUAAACUCUCUGUUUUCUUAACAUUACUAAAGAUAUUCUAUAUUAAGUAGACUACAAAUAUCUAUUUAAUUUAUUUAUAUCUCUACACCAUCAAUCAACAUGUCAAACGAUAACACAUCGACUCUUAAGGCAGUCGUCGAUUCUGCCACUGGCACAGCUCAGAAUGCUUUCGGUAGUAUAACUGGCAACACUUCACACCAAGUCGAAGGACAAGCCAAGCAGAACAAAGCUGACGCCGAAAACGAAGCCUCCCAUGCCACAGCCAAGAUUCCGGGCUUCACUGCAUCGUCCUCUGGUGCAGUCACGAAGGAUGACCCUAAUCGAACCUCCGGUGCAUAUAACCAGACAAUAGGUUCAGCUAAAGAGUUCGUUGGUGGAUUAACGGGUUCUGAGUCGUUAAAGGCUACUGGUCGACAACAAAACCAGGAGGGUCAACAGCAGGAGGCAAAAGGUCAAGUUAAUGAUUAUGUCGGUGGUAUCUCUGACCGUGUUGCUGGUACGAUUGGUGGAGCUUUUGCCGGUAUCACUGGUAACAAGUCUGCCGAGUCGGAAUAUCAAAAGCAGCAUGACGCUGGAAAAACAACUCAACGAGGGGCCGAAGAAGAUAUUGUGAAGAAAGCCGAUGCCGAGUCCGCAGCCUCACGCAAGUCUUAGGCACUUCAACGAGCUGCCAUGUCGGGAAGUUCCCGACAGGAACUAUGUAAUCUCCUGAAUUGUGGCGGCGAUAUCAUGAUACCCACGCGUUAUGAGAUUAGCUGCGAGAUAUAUUACUAGCGGAUUGUGGAGAUGGAUUGGUACGGCAAAAUGCGUUCAUAUCCGAAAUAGAAUCAAUACCCACCUAUGCGCUCACAAC